AUGCAUGAUCGGUCGUAUGCGCAGAACUCGGUGCCGCCGAGUGAUAUCGGCCCAGAAGCUUCGCGGUCAUUGUCGUGGCAAACGGCCCGCCUCUGGCGCCUGGCAGAAGCCCGCUGCUUUGUGGCUGAGGAGAGGACCGAUGUGUUGAGCGAAAAUCAGCUCUCGCCGAAGUCCGCGCAGACGGUCGCCAUGAUGCCGAAGGAGCACAACAACAACGAGGAGAGUUCAAGGGAGAAAGACGCCCGUGGAUGGCGCAACCUGGUUAUCAGGAUGGCAAAUUGA